AUGGAAGCCUGGAAUACACUGUCGAUGAGGCUCUGUGGCCAUGGGGUUUGGAAAGUUUCAAAUUCUUGUGCUUGCUUAUGCUGGCAUGGGUUGGAUCUCAGAAGCAAUGGAGAUGAUGCUACUCUCAUUUGUUGGACCAGCGGUUCAGUCUGCUUGGGGUCUUUCUUCUCAACAAGAAAGUUUCAUAACCAGCGUGGUUUUUGCUGGAAUGCUAGUUGGAGCGUAUUCAUGGGGCAUAGUUCUGAUAAACACGGACGUAGGAAAGGUUUCCUCAUUACAGCCACAAUUACUUCCGGAGCUGGUUUUCUGAGUGCUCUUUCGCCUAAUUAUACGUCCUUGAUCCUUCUUCGUUGUUUGGUCGGUGUUGGUUUGGGAGGUGGCCCUGUACUAUCAUCCUGGUUUCUGGAGUUCAUUCCUGCUCCUAACCGAGGCACCUGGAUGGUUAUUUUUUCAGCUUUUUGGACUCUUGGAACAAUUCUCGAGGCUUCACUUGCAUGGGUAUGCUUUUGA